CGUCUCUCCCCUCUUUGACUAACUACUGUCCGACGUCGAAGCAUCGAGCUUGCUCCGAUCUGUUCCCUCGUUUUCCCCUCAUCAAAUUCGGGAGAUGGCUCGCCAACUGAGGAACGGCUCUCUCCUCGCCCUCGUCUUCCUCGCCGCUUCCCUCCACGCCGUCCGCUGCGCCGCCACCGCCGCCGCCGGCCGCAGCAGCAGCCACCACCACUACGACCGGGCCUACGCCGACGAGCUCCUGGGCUCGGCGAAGCGGGACCAGCCGUGGCUCACGUCCGUCCGGCGGCGGAUCCAUGAGUACCCGGAACUCCGGUUCGAGGAGCACAACACCAGCUCCCUCGUCCGGGCCGAGCUCGACCGGCUCGGCAUCCCCUACUCUUACCCCCUCGCCGGCACCGGCGUCGUCGCCGUCGUCGGGUCCGGGUCAUGGCCCGUCGUCGCCCUCCGGGCCGACAUGGACGCCUUGCCUUUGCAGGAACUUGUCGAGUGGGAGCACAAGAGCAGAAUUGAUGGCAAAAUGCACGCUUGCGGGCACGACGCCCAUACGGCCAUGCUUCUUGGUGCUGCGAAAUUACUGAAUGAACGGAAAGAUAAACUUAAGGGGACCGUAAGACUUAUUUUCCAGCCUGCUGAAGAGGGAGGAGCUGGUGCUACCCACAUGAUCAAAGAAGGCGCGCUGGGUGAUGCUGAAGCAAUAUUUGCAAUGCAUAAUGAUUAUACAACGCCCACAGGAAUCAUAACUUCACUCGCUGGCCCGAACUUAGCUGCUGUUUGCAUCUUUGAAGCUAAAAUAGAAGGAAAAGGCGGGCAUGCGGCAGCACCUCAUAAUAGCGUGGAUCCGGUACUCGCUGCUUCAUUCGCCAUCUUGGCACUUCAACAGCUUGUCUCAAGAGAAGCUGAUCCGCUCCUCAGUGAAGUGGUCUCUGUUACCUAUGUUAGAGGUGGGAGUGGAUUGAAUAUAAUUCCUCCAAUCGUCAAAUUUGGUGGCUCGCUCAGGAGUCUAACAACUGAAGGCCUGCAACAACUCCAGAGGAGAUUGAUUGAGGUCAUUGAAGGUCAGGCGGCUGUACACAGAUGUAAAGCCUAUAUCGACAUGAAAGAGGAUGAACAUCCAACAUAUCCGGCUGUUGUGAAUGACGAAGCUCUAACACUGCAUGUCGAGAGGGUCGGGAGGCUUCUGUUGGGUACCGAAAAUGUCAUUGUAGGCAAGAAGGUCAUGGCCGGCGAAGAUUUCGCCUUCUACCAAGAACAGAUUCCUGGCUUCAUGCUCGGCAUUGGCAUCGGAAACAAGGACGUGGGGUCAGUUCAUUCCCCGCAUUCCCCUUAUUUUUUCCUCGAUGAAGACGUGCUCCCAAUAGGAGCAGCAGUACAUGCCGCUUUGGCAGAAGUAUAUUUGUCAGAGCACCAGCAUUCAUCUGUACAGUAAAGAAAUUUAGUGAACGACGUGAGUAGGCAAAGAUGGAGUUUCCCUUAACUGUACUUGUUACCCCUAAUCCUGUAAUGUACUAAAAAAUAAUGUCUCAAACAGAAUAUCAUGGGGUAAUUUUUGUU